CUCCCCGUCUUCCUUUAAUUUGUGUCAUUCCACGCGCCCUUUCUCUCUCUUUCUCGGAGUCUCUUUGCUGUUCCUGUAUCUUCUUCUUCUCUAUGCUCUCAUUCUCGGUCUUUGUUUCGCUCUUUCUGUUCUGAAAACCCUGCACGAGGUUCACCUGUUUGGUCGUGGUUUUCAUUACUUUGUUCUAUUAUCUAAAAACUUGAAGGAAAUGGGUGUCAUCUCCAGAAAGAUUUUCCCAGUGUGUGGGAGCAUGUGCGUCUGCUGUCCUGCUUUGCGGUCAAGUUCUCGACAACCCGUUAAGCGUUACAAAAAACUGCUGGCAGAGAUAUUUCCUAAAUCCCCUGAUGGCCAUCCAAGUGAAAGAAAAAUAGCUAAGUUAUGUGAAUAUGCUGCAAAAAACCCUUUCCGGAUUCCAAAGAUAGCAAAGUAUCUUGAAGAAAGGUUCUAUAAAGAACUGAAAUAUGAGCACAUCAAGUUCAUCAAUAUUGUUGUAGAGACGUACAAUAAGCUGCUUGGCAUAUGUAAGGAGCAGAUGGCAUGUUUUGCUGUUAGUCUGCUGAAUGUGGUUACUGGACUUUUGGACAACUCUAAGCAAGAUGCCAUGAAGAUAAUUGGAUGCCAAACCUUAACAAGGUUCAUCUACGGUCAGGCAGAUGGAACCUACACACAUAACAUUGAAAAUUUGGUUGGUAAAGUAUGUGCACUGGCUCGUGAGAAAGGGGACGAACAUCAAAGGCUCUGCUUAAGGGCAUCAAGCUUGCAAUGCCUCUCGGCCAUGGUGUGGUUUAUGGCACAGUUCUCGCACAUGUUUGUUGAUUUUGAUGAGAUUGUAUAUGGCACUUUGGAUAACUAUGAGCCUGAUACUCAUACAGAAGGUGAUGUUGAGAGGGAGGCACGUCAUAAUUGGGUGGAUGAAGUAAUUAGAUGUGAGGGCAGAGGCGGUGCUGUUGCAAGCUGUGAUACUAGCCCUAGCUGGCUGAUCAUGAGGCCACGACCAGAAAAAAAGGAUCCUUCUCUUUUGACAAGAGAAGAGAUUGAGACCCCAAAAGUAUGGGCACAAAUUUGUAUCCAAAGAAUGGUUGAAUUAGCCAAGGAGAGCACAACAAUGCGCAGGGUACUGGAUCCAAUAUUUAUUUAUUUUGAUUCUGGACAGCACUGGGUGCCUCGGCAAGGGUUGGCUGUGAUGGUUUUGUCUGACAUGUCGUACUUCAUGGAGAGUUCAGGGAACCAGCAGCUGAUUUUAGCUUCUUUGAUACGUCAUCUGGAUCACAAAAAUGUUGCACAUGACCCCCAACUCAAAUCUUAUGUCAUUCAAGUCGCUACUGCUUUAGCUAGGCAAAUUAGAUCAGGAACUUCACUGGCAGAAAUUGGAUUUGUCUGUGACCUGUGCAGGCAUUCAAGGAAAAGUCUUCAAGCCACAGUUGAAUCAGUUGGUGAGCAAGAGUCCAACAAAAAUAUCUUACUGCAGAAUUCCAUUGAAGACUGUUUACUCGAAAUUGCUAAAGGGAUUGGUGAUGCACGACCACUAUUUGAUCUGAUGGCAAUAACGCUGGAGAAGUUGCCAUCUGGAGUUGGUUCCAGAGCAACCAUUGGAUCAUUGAUGAUUCUUGCUCAUGUCAUCUCAGUAGCAUCGGCCGCUUCACGUUCUCAACAGGUUUUUCCAGAAGGCCUUCUUGUUCAACUGUUGAAGGUGAUGCUACACCCAGACAUAGAGGCACGAGUUGGAGCGCACCAGAUAUUUUCUGCUCUUUUAAUUCCAAUCUCUAACCAUCAACGACAUGAAGUUGCUUCUCUUACAAGUGGUUUUCUACACCAACCGAGGAGAUGGCACUCAAAUCCUGCAUCUGCAUCGAUUAAAGCUUUACUUGAAAAGCUACGGAGAGAAAAAGAUGGCAUCAAAGUGGAAAAAAUUGGAAGUAAUUUUCAUGAUGAUCUUAAAGAAAGGGACAUUGUUGAAGAUGACUGGAAACAGGGGCGCGUCCACAAGAAUUCCCCCAAUGUUUACAAAAUUAGCUGUAUUAUUGACAGAACUGCUGGGUCAACCAGCUUGUCGGAUGCUGAACCGCAUAUUAUGAAGUUUAGUGAGGAGCAAAUAGUGCAAUUGCUGUCUGCCUUCUGGAUGCAGGCCAGUCUUCCGGAUAAUUUACCUUCAAAUAUUGAAGCUAUUGCUCAUUCUUUCGUAUUAACACUUAUUUCUUCAGGCUUAAAGAACUCAUAUGACAACCUUGUGGUCCGAUUCUUUCAGCUUCCCCUGUCUCUCAGGAAUACAUCCAUGGAUCCUAACAAUGGUAUGUUGUCUCCAGCAUGCCAAAGAUCUAUCUUUGUAUUAUCGACAGGCAUGUUGAUGUUUGCAGCUAAAAUAUAUCACAUUCCCGAUCUGAAUGAUUUCCUCAAGUCAUCAGUUCCAUAUGAUGUUGAUCCUUAUCUGGGUAUUAACGAUGACCUGCAAGUAUAUGUAAAGCCUCAGGCAGAUAUCAGAGAGUAUGGAUCUGUUGCUGAUAAUCAACUUGCUGCAUCAUUGCUCUCUGAAUUACGGAGCAAGGUAUACAAAUCUGACAAUGUCAUAAUGGACAUUUUAGUUCAGAGUCUGUCUAGCAUUACUGAGCUGGAGGCAGAUGCCCUGACUGAGCAACUGUCAGAAUUAUUCACACCUGAUGAUGCAUUCAUGUUUGGCCCACAAUCAUUACUUGAAUUUGACCACAAUCAAAUGGUUCCCCAUUCCAAGAAAUCGUUGUCGUUUGAUGGGGAUUUUCCAACAAAUUCAUUAGUUGAGGAUGAUGCAAGAAGUGAAGCAUCCGUUGCUGACCUAUCUCGGUUCAUACCCAAAAUGCCAUCUUCACCGUCUAUGUCCCAUGUCAUCAGCAUUGGACAGCUUCUGGAAUCGGCACUCGAAGUGGCUGGGCAAGUGGCAGGAACAUCUGUGACUACAUCGCCCCUCUCGUACAACACCAUGGCUAGCCAGUGUGAAGCCCUUGGCACAGGCACAAGGAAGAAACUCUCCAAUUGGUUGGCCCAUGAAAAUCACCAAAGUAGAGUGGUUGACAAAUCGUUUCCUGCAUUUCUUGCAGAUGGACACUUGGCACUCAAAAAGGUAACAAGUAGCGUUGGCCCCCCUGCUCAGGGAAAUGUGUUGCCACAGGACCCAUGGUUGGCGAUGAGGCUGCCUCCUGCCAGCCCGUUUGACAACUUCCUCAAGGCUGCUGGAUCAGCUAGGUGUUAGAAGAGAAGCCACACAUUCUUUCUGGUGCUAGUUAUCUUGUAAAAGUCUUAGGCAGCAAUUAGGAUUAGUAGCUUAACCUUUGAUUUAAACUCAGAUCAUUUGUGGGCUUCCAUGUCAGUUCAUUAAUUCUUGUAUGCACAAUGUACUCUUUGUUCUUAAAAUGUGUUGGUGCAGCAUAGCUUGUGAGCUUC